UGGGAUCCAAACCCAGGAACCACGGGCCACUGAAGCAGAGUGUGCAAAUUUUACCACUAGGCCACUGGGCGGCCCCUCUCAUUUUUAUUAAGGAGAAACUUUGUCAGUCAGACUGUCCAGACGGUCUGGAAGGGAGGUAGUGAGUGCGUCGCCCAGAGAUAGGGAGGGACCCCCUGGAAACUGUAGGGGAAUUCAAGCCAUGGGGAAGGCUGGACUUCGAGCCCUUUCACUCACCUUUCAGCCUCAGGAUUUAGUGGGAAACCAAGCUAAGGGUGGGACAGAGUUGGGCCAAAAACCAAAGGGGAGAUGCAGGAAGAGCUUCCUGGGGGAAAUGAUGCUCAAAGAAAGGAUUGAGCCUCGAAACAGCUACAAAGGACCUGGGAAUUUGCAUGGUGUGACGGAAGUGAUGGAAAGUUCCUGAGCAGGGUACAGAACAUCAUAUGGUCUUUAAGGAGAAGGCUUCAGCUGCCUAUGCACACUAGUUUACGUGUGUAUGGGUGAAGGACUGAGGCAGAGCCACCAGGCAAAAGGGUGCUCACUCUAAAAGAUGCAGCCCUUGCCACUCACUCUAGGGGCUCCUGUGUCCUCCCUGGGUCAUAAUUUAGAAGCCACCAACCCCUGAGGUGUACAGAUAAGGAAACAGGCCUAGAAAGGAGCACUAGAACUCAGGCCUCCAUCUUCCCCUCCUUGCUUCUGGAUACACCUGGCUCCCCUCCCCUCCCCUCCCUUCCCUAUAGCAGUAUCCUCCCCCUAUCCCACCCGCCCCCCAGCAGCUGCUGCUGAGCACUCCUUAAGUGGAUCUGCCAUAAUCCUCUUCCCUUCAUCCCCCAGGGAGGAUGAGCUGGUUUUAAGACUAAUGCAGCUGAUAAUCCUAUUUCCUCCCAGCCAUGAUUCCCAGGGGCAGCUGGGUGGAGGGUGUCUGGGCUCUGAACUGAGAAAGAAGGAGCCUUAGCUAGAGCCAGGUGUCCCAGGAGGCCAAGCUAGAUGGGAUACAUUGAUUAUGACUCAGAGGCUUCUAACUGCUAGCAGUGGCUCAAGCUGCCUUGAGAGUAAUUGAGCUCCCCAUUGCCAGAUCUGUGGGAGCAGGAGCCCAACAGGGAUUCCAGAGCAGAGAGUGGAGCAGGAUUCCUGUCCGAGGUGGAGUCCCUUACAGCUGUGCAAGGCCAGAAUUCUGUGUGAACAGUUGCUGCCUCUAAAAGCUAACCAACAAGAGGGGAAUAACAAAUACCUAUGCUGGGGACUUACCGCUCCCAGACAGACAGUGCCAAUCACCACAUUUAGCCUAUUGGUUCUGCCCUCUUCUGGACCUACCUCAGUCUUCCCUGGGCACUUGGAGAUCUUCAGGCCAGACACAUCUGUGUAGCCUCUGUGCCUGCAACUUUGCACAGGACCCUGCUUCCCGGUACAGGCCUCAUAUGCUGAGCUGAAGAAGGAAGAUGGUGAGAUGGUUGGAACCUGGGCCUUCUGGAAUGCCACAGGGUUUAGAAAAGCCCAGAAGGAAGUGCAGAGAAGCUCUGUCCAUCGAGGCCAUGGAAGUGGAGUCCGCGGAGGAAGGGUCCCCAUCCCCCGGCUAUAAGCGCUCCGGCCGCCGCUACAAGUGCCUGUCCUGUACCAAGACGUUUCCAAAUGCGCCCCGGGCAGCGCGCCAUGCUGCUACUCACGGGCCUGUAGACUGUGCAGAGGAGGUGGCCGAGGUGAAGCUGAAGCCGGAGACGGAAGCCAAAGCGGAGGAUGCCGGCGGGGACAAGGUGUCAGGUGCAGCGGCUAAGCCUCGGCCUUAUGCAUGCCCGCUGUGCCCCAAGGCCUACAAAACGGCACCCGAGCUGCGCAGUCACGGGCGCAGCCACACCGGCGAGAAGCCCUUCCCUUGCCCCGAGUGCGGCCGCCGCUUCAUGCAGCCCGUGUGCCUGCGAGUGCACCUGGCCUCGCACGCCGGCGAGCUGCCCUUCCGCUGUGCUCACUGCCCCAAGGCCUACGGCGCGCUCUCCAAGCUCAAGAUCCACCAGCGCGGUCACACAGGAGAGCGGCCCUAUGCCUGUGCUGACUGCGGCAAGAGCUUCGCCGACCCUUCGGUGUUCCGCAAGCACCGGCGCACGCACGCCGGCCUGCGGCCCUACGGCUGCGAGCGCUGCGGCAAGGCCUACGCCGAGCUCAAGGACCUACGCAACCACGAGCGGUCCCACACCGGUGAGCGGCCCUUCCUCUGCUCAGAGUGCGGGAAGAGCUUCUCCCGCUCGUCCUCGCUCACAUGCCACCAGCGCAUCCACGCGGCACAGAAGCCCUACCGCUGCCCGGCCUGUGGCAAGGGCUUCACGCAGCUCAGCUCCUACCAGAGCCACGAGCGCACUCACUCUGGCGAGAAACCCUUCCUGUGCCCGCGCUGCGGCCGCAUGUUCUCCGACCCCUCGAGCUUCCGGCGCCACCAGCGGGCACACGAGGGCGUGAAGCCUUACCGCUGCGAGAAGUGCGGCAAGGACUUUCGGCAGCCGGCGGACCUGGCCAUGCACCGGCGGGUGCACACGGGUGACCGGCCGUUCAAGUGCCUGCAGUGUGACAAGACGUUCGUGGCGUCCUGGGACCUCAAGAGGCACGCGUUGGUGCACUCAGGCCAGCGGCCCUUCCGCUGUGAAGAGUGUGGGCGAGCCUUCGCCGAGAGAGCCAGUCUCACUAAACACAGCCGCGUGCACUCGGGGGAGCGCCCCUUCCACUGUAAUGCCUGCGGAAAGUCCUUUGUGGUAUCAUCAAGCCUGAGGAAGCACGAGCGGACCCAUCGAAGUAGCGAGGCCACAGGGGCUCCCCCACAACAGGAGCUAGUGGUGGGACUGGCACUGCCUGUGAGCGUGGCAGGCGAGGGUUCAGCGGCUCCCGCAGCAAGUGCAGGGCUAGGGGACCCUCCAGCAGGGCUGCUAGGGCUACCCCCUGAAUCGAGUGGUGUGAUGGCCACCCAGUGGCAAGUGGUGGGCAUGACGGUGGAGCAUGUGGAGUGCCAAGACGCUGGGGUUGGGGAGGCUCCUGGUCCCUUGGGGGGAGCAGGUGAGGUAGGGGGUGAGGAGGUUGAUGAGAAGCCACCACAGUUUGUGUGCCGGGAGUGCAAGGAGACGUUCUCCACGCUGACAUUGCUGCGACGGCACGAGCGCUCACACCCAGAGCUCCGGCCCUUUCCUUGCACCCAGUGCGGCAAGAGCUUCUCAGACCGGGCUGGGCUGCGCAAGCACAGCCGCACCCACAGCUCUGUGCGCCCCUACACUUGCUCCCACUGCCCCAAGGCCUUCUUGAGUGCCAGCGAUCUGCGUAAGCAUGAACGUACACACCCUGUGCCCAUGGAGACUCCCACGCCCCUUGAGCCUCUUGUGGCUUUGCUAGGAAUGCCUGAAGAGGGGCCAGCCUGAGGCCCAUGCCCCCUUGCCACACCCCUAGGAGCCCUACAGGGUGCCUCCUGAACCUCCCUUUGCCCCAGCUCACUCUUUAGACUCCAGAUCCCCACCCCUCAGGCAGCUAGCUCACCUUCCCAACAAAGCGAGCUGGGGACAGUGGAAGCUGGCAGCAGCUGUUGAGAGACUUGGUUCUCUCUGAGCAACACUCAUUAAAGCAUUCACUUUGACACUGGGCUGUCUUCUGUGUUCUGGUUGGGGGUGAGGGAGUGGGAGUUUGGGCAUCAGAUAAGGUACAGUGGAGACCACUGGACUGACAGAUUAGAAACUUGGAAGGUCUUUGGGUGCAUUGUUUCCCAAAGUAUGUUUCAGAAUGUCUUGUGACAAAGGGUUCCAUGAUCAAGUAAGUACAAGAAAUUCCCUGUGCCCCUCUUGGGGAUUCUUGGUGAUCAGAAGUGUAUUAAAGUCAUUGAUAAGUCCUACGAUGAAUAAAUCUAUUUAGCUUUGUUUAGCGCAUACUUA